GGAAGAGGGAAGUUCAGUUUGUUUACAUCGCGGGAGAGAAAGACAGCUAUCUCUGAGGAUGGACGGGGUGUGGUGAAGCCUCUGCUGUGUAGAAGAUCUGCUUUGAUGGCUGGACGUCGUAUUUACAGCUCCUAGCUAAAUUCAUCUGGACCCAGUACAAAUCCUUGGAGCCUCAUGUCUCAGCCACUGAUUGAGCCCCAGACAGAGCCGCUGCUGGAUGUCCAGGAGAUGCAGUUCUGGCUGGGGAAAGUGGUGGCUUGGGGCCAGGCUGACAGCCCAGAGACCCAAAAGGACACCUGCCUACACCUCAGUAGACUGAGGGAUUUCCUGCAGCUGCUCCUCACACACAUCAGCAACAUGGGCUCCACUACAGAGGCCAUGACGAGGCUGCCCUUCCUGGGCCAGUUCCUGGGUCGGCUCUGCUGGAACCCUUACGUCACCGCUGAUGCUGUGAGCAGACGGCUGCUGUUCCAGAGUCUGUGGGGUUUGUUCUCAGAGCAUCCAAACAAUGCCGUGGAGAGGAAGGCCAACCACUGGAUACGGAGAGUGUUGUGUCAGCUUGCUACAGAAGAGGACGAUGCUGUGACCGAGGCGUUGGUGAAGCACAUGGGUGUACCGACAAAAGAGUACCAUCUCCAAGUCCUGAGGAAGAUGGUGGCAGUGCUGUCAGAAAAGGUUGGGAAGGGCUGCAGUUCUCUGGGCAACCCAAGUCAGAGGUGUUCAUGUGAGAGCCUUCUGGCUGCAUCAGAAGCCUGUGUUCCCCUGGUCACUUAUUCCGAGGCUGCUCCUCUGAUUGGUACACUGCUCCAGCGACUGAUGACUUGUGCUAAGGCAGCUCUUAGCAAAGACUUCCUGGAUGCUGUAAGCUCUGCCUACUCCAGCCAACUCUUGUUUUUGGAGGAGCAGGCAGUCAUCUCUCUGUGGUGUCACAGCCUGCCCAGCCUGGAGAGGGCAGUGCUCAGUCUGCUGGAGUCUGCUCUUACCAAAACAGGCAUGACACUACACAGCAUGGAGCAGCAACUCACACAGUCUGUGCUGCCUAAAGCCUGUGCUCAGCACUGCUCGCUAUUCUUGAUCGUAAAUGACAUCUUCAGGUCCAUCCUGAAGCAAGCAGAAGGGAAUGAGUCUGUGUUGUCACUUAUCCAAACCUUCACCAGCAGUUUUCUCAGGGAACUGGCACUGCUGCAGCCUCAGAAGUGUGUGUCCUUGAAGGCCUUCUUCCCAAACACACAUCAUGAUUUACUAGUUCCUCUGCUGACGCAGCCAUCAGAGAUGCCUGUGGAGGCUUGGAAAGAUCACCUGAACUGGCUCAGCAGCUCCCUACAGAGACUGACAGAGGAGGAAGAGGAGAGAGAGACCAGGGGGCAGUGUGUUGUGUUUGAGGCCUGGUUCCUGCUGGUUCAGUGUGCCCACUGGGUGCAGGCAGCUGUCCAGCUGUUGGUGACAGCAGGGCCUGACGACUGUGGCCCGCUGCUGUGGCUGCUGACCUUUUACCACCACCCCACCAACAGGGGGCACCACAGGACAUUGCAGCUGGUGAAAGCCAGAGAGGCCUGGGACCACCUGCGGACUCUCUUCCUGGUCGUAGCUCCCCCUCUUCCUGUUACACACCUGCAGUCAUUGGUUGAACUUGUGACACCCAGCCAACAGCAGCCGUCCCUGGCUCCUCUACUGGUCCUUAGACUUUUGGUGAACUUUACUGUUUUCUGCCAAAACUCACAGAGUUGUCCAACAGAGAUUUUAAAGACGGUGGUGGAGCGGUCUGGCCUGGUUGGUGAAGCAGCGUGUGUUCUCAGCUCAGUGGAGCUCAGACUCAACGGUGGAAGCUGCUCAUCAAGUGAUGCUAACAGAGUUCAGCUCAGGAUCCAGGCUCUCCAAAACAUGCUCUCAGACAUGCAUAUGGAGCCCUGCUGAGAACCAAACACACACACAUGCAUACAUAUACGCGGCCAGGUGAGAUCGAGGACACACACACACGCACACUAGGGCAUUGACGAUGCCAGACUUUUUCACGUCGACGUUUCAAGCAAUGUCGUCGACGUUACGUCGACCCGUCAA